UCUCACUUCUGCACUGUUACACACAUUGCUUCAGCAAGAUGGAGAAAUUUGCAGGAACCUGGCGGCUAGUGGACAGCAAGAAUUUUGAUGAAUAUAUGAAAGCUAUUGGAGUAGGAUUUGCUACCAGGCAAAUUGGAAACGUUACCAAACCUACAACUAUAAUAAGCUUGGAUGGGGACAAAAUCAUAGUGCAGACGCAGAGUACUUUCAAAAACACAGAGGUCAGCUUCAAACUAAAUGAGGAAUUUAACGAGACCACUGCAGAUGAUCGGAAAUGCAAGUCACUGGUAACUCUAGAAGAUGGGAAAUUGAAACAUGUGCAGAAGUGGGAUGGUAAAGAGACCACACUUAUAAGGGAGGUUGAUGGAGACAAACUAGUACUGACUUUAACCUUGGCAGAUGUGGUCAGCUCACGUCACUACGAAAAAGCCUGAGGACCAACCUCGUUAUUUCUCUAUUAUGUGUUUUAUUUGAUUAACGUCAAUACUGUAUUUGCCAACAGAAGCCUUGAUAUUGAUCCUUUUUGUACCAUGACAAAAUGCUAGCACAGUUUGAAUACAGCAAUCCUCCUCCCCGGAAAAGCCUUCACAUCAGUAUUACAACCUCAAAGGCACUGAAGACUGAAGAAACUGGUGCAUCAUUGUAACUCCUAAAAAGAGAUGACACUUGUUUUGUUUCAGUGCAUAUUUUUAUAUUGUUUUAGGAACAACUUUGUUCAUAGUGCAUUUUUGAAAUUAGGGUAAAUGUGAUGCCUUAUUUUGUUUGGUUGCCCUGAUUAAAAGGAAAAAUGUC